AUGAAGACCACCGGGGUGUUGCUGCUGCUGUCUCUGGCUCUUUUCUUCAUCUCAGUUCCAGCUACCCAUGCGCAGCAGGCUGCAUCCAUCUACUGCAGAGACCAGAAGAUGCCCAGGAAUUUCUGUACCAUGGAGUAUAUGCCCCACUGCGGCUCUGAUGGCGUCACGUACUCCAACAAAUGCAUGUUCUGCAAUGCAUACCUGAGAAGCCGUGGAAGUCUUCGCUUGAGAUCUCUUAAUGCAUGUUAAGUUCUCGACAGGAUUCAGCUAAGAAAAAGCAUCCCUCCCUGGCAAUGUUCCCCAUGGCAGAUGACUUCCUAAACCCUCGACUUGAC